AGUCCCCCACCGGCUGACCGUCAAGGAUUAGACCCGCCGCUCCUGCGGAAAACUUCCAACCAAUCAACGUUUCGGGUCCGUGAAACGUCACCUAUCAUUAGCGACAGCUGCGGUUAACUUUUCACCUGAACUUCCACCAUGACGGCCGACAUCUGGGACGUGGUGGUGGUCGGAGCCGGGCUGUCUGGGCUCAGCGCGGCUCACCUGCUCACCAAACGGGACGCCAAGCUGCGAGUCCUGAUCCUGGAGGGGAAAGAUCGAGUGGGAGGUCGCACCGUGUCCUCUGAAAUCCCAGCAGCCCACGGUGCUGAUCGCUGGGACUUUGGAGGACAAUGGGUCGGCAGCACACAAACACACAUUAUGGAGCUCAUAAAAGAGUUGGGGUUGGAGGUGUAUCCUCAGUUUAAUGUUGGGAAGAAGGUGCUUCACGUGGGUGGGCCCACUUCCAGAGUGAGAUCCUACCGGACCAGCAUCCCGGCUCUGUCUCCGCUGGUGCUGCUGGACUUCACCCAGAUGCUGUGGAAGUUUGACAGGCUGUGCAGGACGGUGUGUGUUCAGGAUCCACUGAGGACCCCCAACGCGGCGGAGCUGGACAGCAUGACGGUGCACUCGUACAUCGAGCAACACGCUUGGACUGAAGAACUGAAGGAGCAGCUGGGAGUGUGCAGCCGGUCCGUCUUCGGCAUGGAGCCGUCCCAGAUGUCCUUUCUGUUCUUCCUCAUGUACGCUGCUGCGGCCGGAGGGCUCCUGGCGCUUCUGGAAAGCACUCCUGGUUGUGCUCAGGAGUUUAAGAUAAAGGGAGGAUCCCAACAACUUUCCGAAUGUCUGGCGCAGCAGGUUGGCUGGAAGAACGUCCGGCUGGGCUCUGCUGUGAUGGCCAUAUGGCAGGAUGCCGAGUGGGCCAGGGUCAUGACGACCAGCGACACCUUCCUGUGCAGGGCUGUGAUCGUCACUUGCCCCCCUCAUUUGGCAGCAAAGAUCCAGUACCAGCCGGCCCUGCCCAGCAUGAGAGCAUUCCUCACCCAGAACAUGCCUGUCGGCCAUAUGAUGAAGUUUAUUGUAACGUAUCAGACGGCCUUUUGGAAGGAGAAAGGUUUCUCCGGAGAAAUCGUGGCAGGAUCUUCCACCGACUGUCCGUUCAGCGUCACCUUUGACGCCACCAGCCCACGUGGGAACCCGGCCCUGGUGGGCUUCAUUUCCGGCCAGCAGGCGACUCUCUGGAGCGCGAGAGAGGCUGGAGAAAGAAGAGCGGCUGUGCUUUCUAGUCUGGUGAAGUAUCUCGGUCCUGAGGCUGCACAGUGCAUUCACUAUGAGGAGAAAGACUGGGCUAAGGAGGAGUUCAGCGGCGGCUGCCCCGUCAAUGUCAUGGCUCCCGGUCUGCUAACGUUUUACCAGCCGAGCCUGAGGAAGCCGUGUGGCAGGAUCCACUGGGCCGGCACUGAGACCGCCACCCGAUGGUGCGGCUACAUGAGCGGCGCCGUGCAGGCGGGCCAGCGGGCCGCUCUGGAGGUUCUGGCUGAAGUUUGCCAUGUUGUCCUGACCGCGGAGGAGCAGGAAUCUCUGAUCCAAACCGUCCACCGUCCCCCAAAGCCAACGGCGCUGUCCGCCCUCCUCAAGAGGCUCACGAGGAAGUCCGUGUUGAUACCGGCGCUGACGAUAAGUGCUGCUCUGCUGCUGGUUCGGAAACAAAACGUUCUGAUGAAGAUCAAAACUUACAUAGGUACUUUCUAAACUAUGAAGCGAUACCGUAAGAACAUCUUCAGGAGAAACGUCCAACAUGGUGUUUCUAAAACUUCUCAAGUCCAAUCAGAGGGAUAAACUUUGUCAUAUGGCUGGAGGAGCGUAGAUAAGGAAAACCAUAGAUUUCAGUUUCUUCAGACGGUUUUCAUUGUGCGUAUUAAUGCAUUUUCAGGUGUGUUUUAGAGUUUAAAUGAUCAAAAAAGGAAGUUCUGAGCGUUUUAAAAGAGGCGGCUGUAAAAUAUGAUUUAAAAAACACACCUACUUUCUGCCACUUCUGAGUUUAUGGAUUUUAAUUCGCAUCGUCGCCUUGCUAUUUUCAUUUGUUUACUUGCUUCACACCAUUUAAUUUAAUCUUUUUUCUUAUGUUAUUUUACCAGGUUUGAUUUGAUUUUUGCUGUUCAUUACCUCUGUGCCACCAAUAUUAACUUUAAACCAUCCACACAUUGAUUCAGUAUUAAGAAAAUAAUCAAAACUGCUAUAAUUUAAACAGCUUUAAAGCCUAAGAAAGUUUUCAGAAGCUGAAUGGAAAGAAAUUUAAUAGAUUUUUUUGAACUUUAGUCUAAUAUAGAAAAGGUUUUUAUAACCUUUCAAAUAAAAUAUCCAUGUUUAUUAAUACAAACAGUAACUGCUCAUAUUAGCAUAAACAUUAGCAGAAGUCUAAGAAUCUAUGUUUCCAGCAUCACCUGCACCAGCAUGCAGAUUUGCACAGUCUCAGGUCUGGCGUUAGCAUCUUAACGUUCAUGUUGGGGUUGAAGCUGAAAAAAGCAGCUUGUAGCAAUCUUAUAAAAAAGAACAGAGGGCACAGAGACAGGAAGUCAUGCCUGUAUCAAACUGAGUCAGAAACCGAUCGCUUCACCUUUAAUGAGCUUAGAGGCGACAUUGUCUUGACAUUUCAAGCUUAUAAUUCACUUUCCUUGAGAAAACACAGAUGCACACUCAUUGAUAUCCAAUUAUGUUCAAAUUCAAAGUUGAUACAGUCAGUAUGAAUAAUUAAAGCUAAUUAAAGUGUAAUGGAAAACCUCAAUUUUGUGCUAAGACUGAUCAACUCUGGUUGAUUCCAGAGAUUUAAAGUAGGUUAAUUACACUUUUUAGCAUGACAUUGGUUAUUAAAUAAUAAAUGUCCUAAUUCAAUAAUGUCCUAAUUAUUGUUCUCCAAUAAACCAGAACAAGAUGAAUGAUUUGUUCCUGACUUAAAACCUAAAUUACAUGCUAAUGAGGGGAUUCAGCCAUUUUAUUCUCAUGAAUUUAAAGAAGGGAUUCAUGUAAAAUUUGUAGUAAAUUUGUUGUAAAUGUUUUUUUUUUUGUUUGUUUGUUUUUUUUUGUUUACGCUCUUCUGCACAAUUUCUACUCAAAAUAAA